UGAAGUAUUAUAUCAGAUAGUGCAACGCUGUUUUCAAACAGCUGCUAAUUCGUGUAUUGCCGUGUUUCUUUUGGGAUUACAGAGAGAGACCGCCGGCGUACGGGGAUGGGAAUAUGAACCCGUACGGUGGAAGUGGACAAAGAAUGAGAGGAAAUGCAGGGGCAAUGAGUAAUAGUUAUGGAGGAGGAGGAGGAAGGCAAGAUGGGUAUUCUAGUGUGGAGGCAGAGCAGCAUCCUGGGUAUUAAUCUUCAAAAGCUGAAGGGCAGUAGCAGUGGGACAGAGAUUCACAGAAUGUUCACAAUCAACUGCCUACUCAUGGUUUCAGUGAAGGUCAAGUGGGUUCUGGGGCAAGAUCUUACUACCAUGGGCAGCCACCUGAUCCGAAAAUGGGUCUAGGAAGUCAGUCCAACAAGGAAGCUGGCGGAACCCAGCCCCAUUACCAAGAUAUGGAGCUUGGCUUUGAGGACAACUCAUUGCCAAUUUCUUUUGAAGGUCUUGAAAGGAAGUUCUUUGAUGAAGUAACGAAAUUGGCAAAGGAGCAAGGUGAUGCUGAGGUUGCCGAAAAUGCUAGGCAUAGGGAGAAAAUUAUCGAGAUCAAUACCAGAUACCAUGAAAAACUUUCUGCUCUUCGAGCUCAACAAGCCAAUAGACGAGAAGAGUUUCUUAGGAAGGAAUCACAAGCCCGACUAAGCCAGUACCAACAAGCCAGCAUGAACCACUACCCAAACACAGGUUUGCAGGAUGCCCGUAGCUAUAGUGCUGCAGCUGCUACAGGACCCAUCAGUGCUGGAGAAACACAUCGGGCUUAUGCCAGCAGUCAAUUUGAGUCCUACCGGGGACGACCUCAGUAUGGUGGGGGUGGAAGAGCUCAAGGAAAUGAGGGAAGGAUUCCAUACCCGGAGGGCCGUGUUUACAACAAUGCUGGAGCCAGACAUUACUAGUGAUCUAAUCGCCACUAGGCUGCCUACAUCCGUAAAAACAAAACGAGUUCAAUUCUGAUCAUUUACUCAUCUUGUUGCUUUGAUUAUGGUUUAGUAAUGUAGGAUUGCUAAUCACCCGACUUAAAAGGGAUUUAUAGUGCUUCAAGAACUUGCUAUAUGAAGGGUACAUUUUGUGCCUAACGCUUCAC